GGCGGCGCGAGGCUGCGGGAUCGCGAGGCGCAGUUAUAGUGACAGUCACACUGCACCUGCUGCGCCGUUCACAGAAUCGUCGCCGCCGUCCUGCUGAGGGAUGCUCUGGAGCCCUUGGUGUCACUGGUCUGAAGAGCACUUUUUGAUCAUUUGUCAGCAUCGAGGCUGUUUUGAGGUCACAGAGUAAGCUGCCCACGAAGGGCAGCCACCUGUUGGGGCACCCAGGGAGCUGAGGGUUAAAGGCUUUGCUGAAGGAGCCCCAGACGUGCCGAAGCUGGGUUCGAACUGGCAACCUUCUGAUUAUAGGUUUGGAGGUGAAUUCAGGAGGUGCGUUUCUGCUGAACGCUUCUGAAGGACAGGAGAACGUAGAGGAACUGCUCAGUGUCAGACGCCGCUUGAGCGAGGAGCCUUUUUGACUGCGGAGUGAAGCGGGACGUAGCCUUCAGCCUGUGGAAGCUGCCGGAUCCCCUCGCCGACAUGCCAGCGAUGGAGGGGAGCGGGAAACGCGAGCUGUGCAAGGGGGUCCUGUUCGUGCUGCUCUGGGGUCACAUGAUCACCGCGCUGGAAGUGCCUCUUGACCCUAAAAUUCUGGGAGAAUUGGCCCAGCCGCCCACCAUUACGCACCAGUCUCCGAAGAACUACAUCAUAGAUCCUCGGGAAAACAUCGUCCUUCUGUGCGAGGCUAAAGGAAAGCCUCACCCCAGCUUUUCCUGGACCAGGAACGGGACACAUUUUGACAUCGACGAGGACCCUAAGGUGACGAUGAGGCCCCGCUCGGGGACGCUGGUCAUCGACAUCAGCGGGGAGAAGGCUGAGGCUUACGAGGGCAUCUACCAGUGCAUGGCCCGCAACAUCCACGGGACCGCCAUCUCCAACAACAUCGUCAUCCGCCAGUCCCGGUCCCCCUUGUGGUCAAAGGAGAACAUUGCGCCGAUCUUAGUGCAGGAGGGAGUGUCUCUGGUCCUGCGGUGUCAGCCGCCUGCCGGCCUUCCUCCGCCCGUCAUCAUCUGGAUGGACAACAACUUCCAGAAGCUUCCCCAGGACGGCCGUGUCUCCCAGGCCAUGAACGGGGACCUGUACUUCGCCAACGUGCGGAGGCAGGACUCGCGCAACGACUACAUCUGCUAUGCACGCUUCCCCCACACGCAGACCAUACAGCAGAAGCAGCCAGUCACAGUGAAGGUGCUGAACAUGGAUGCAAUCAAUGAGACAAUGGCACCAUUUUUCAAUGACACUGAUUUUUUUGGUGACAGUCCCGCCGGAGAGCGCCCCCCAACCUUCCUCUUACCCCCCGGGGCCACCACCAGCAAGGUGGUGCUGAGAGGAGAAGUUCUGGAGCUGGAGUGUAUUGCUGAGGGCCUGCCGACGCCCAAGAUUUCAUGGCACCGAGACAAUGGGUCCUUCCACAAUAAGAGGACCUCCUUCAAGAACUUCCACAAAACCUUGAAGAUUGUGGACAUCACGGAGGGCGACGCUGGGGAUUACCGCUGCCAGGCCGAGAACUCCCUGGGCUCUCUGGAGCACGUCAUCACCGUCACUGUCAAAGCUGCCCCCUACUGGAUCAAAGCCCCCAAGAACCUCAUUCUAUCCCCCAAAGAGACUGGUGUCCUCACCUGCCAAGCUGGGGGCGAUCCCAAGCCUGAGAUCACUUGGUUAAUGAAUGGGAUUACCAUAGAGAAUACUCACGUGGACCCCAGCAGGAAGCUGGAGGGUGACAGAAUCACCUUUACGGACAUUCAGGUGGGAUCCAGUGCGGUGUACCAGUGUAACGCCUCCAAUGAAUAUGGCUACGUGCUGGCCAACUCACUGGUCAACGUGCUUGCCGAGCCGCCGAGGGUGCUCACGCCCUCAAACAAGGUCUACCAGGUCAUCGCCGGCACACGUGCACUUCUGGACUGCGCCGUUUUCGGAUCCCCGAUUCCCGUGAUCACAUGGUUCAAGGACGGCCAUGUUAGCGUCACUGCGGGAGACCAGCACAGUAUAUAUGAGAACGGGACCCUAGAGAUACAAGAGGCUCACAGCUCCCACAGCGGCAGGUACACCUGCAUCGCUGUCAACAUCCUGGGCAGCAGGGAGAACCAGGUGUUCCUGGAGGUCAAAGAACCCACCAGAAUUUUAAAGCAGCCUGAGCUCAAGGUGGUCCAGAGGAGUCGAGCGGUGGUGUUUGAGUGCAAGGUGACGCACGACCCCACCCUCACGCCCACCACGACAUGGCUGAAGGAUGAUGGGGGUUUGCCGGAUGACGAGAGGUUCAUGAUCGGUCCUGAGAGCCUGACCAUCCAGGACGUGACUGAGGCUGAUGUGGGCAGCUACACCUGCAUUGUGAACACCACGCUGGACCAGGACUCUGCCGUCACCCGGCUGACCGUCGUCGAGGACACCCCGCCCCCGCUUCUCGUCUAUGAGCAACCAGACCCACCCAUGGACUUGGAACUGACUGACCAGAGGAAGCGGAGCAUCCAGCUCACCUGGAUCCCUGGAGAUGAUCAUAACAGCCCUAUUAAGAAGUUUUUUGUUCAGUACGAGGAUGCACUUCAUCACCCCGGUGUCUGGAAAAAUCUGACCGAAGUCCCGGGGAGCAAAACCACAGCCCAGCUGAAGCUCUCCCCUUACGUCCACUACACCUUCAGGGUGCUGGCUGCCAAUGCGGUGGGCUUCAGCCUGCCCAGCCUGCCAUCGCAGCAGUACAGGACUGACGCUGCAGCUCCUGAUGAAAACCCUUCAAUGGUGGAAGCGGCUGGAGCUGAGCAUAAUAAUCUAGUGAUAUCAUGGACGCCCUUGACAGGCUUGCAGUCCAAUGGGCCGGGUCUCCAGUACAAGGUCAGCUGGAUGCAGCAGGACGUCGACAAGGACUGGACGUCGGUGACAGUGGCUAAUGUGUCUAAGUUCGUGGUGUCGGGGACGCCCACGUUCGUCCCGUACGAGGUGAAGGUGCAAGCCGUGAACGACUAUGGAAGCGCCCCAGAGCCAGAGGUGGUGCUGGGCUACUCCGGUCCCCCAGUGCCCUUGGCGGCUCCUGGCCGGAUCCAGGCCGUGGUGCAAAACAGCACGCUGGCCGAAGUCCACUGGGAAGCCGUAUCAUCGCAGAUGGUCCGAGGUCGACUCAAGGGCUAUAAGGUCUACUACUGGAAGGAGAGGAGCCUUCUGGAGCACAACCCGCAGCACGAGGAGCAGCGCAUCCUCACCUUCAAUGGCAACAGGACGCAUGGCAAGCUGCCCGGCCUGCACCCAUUCAGCCUCUACACUUUCAACGUCAGGGUGCUCAACGGCAAGGGCGAGGGUCCUGCCGGCCCCAGCCAGCAGUUCGAGACCCCCGAAGGAGUCCCUGGGCCUCUGGCGUUCCUGAGGUUCACAAACAUCAACCUGGACUCCCUGACUCUGGAGUGGGGUCCCCCUUUGCGGCGGAACGGACGCCUGCUUGACUACACUCUCAAGUACCAGACAAUCAACAACACCAGCGAGCUGGGCCAACUGGUGGAGGUCUCCCUCCCAGCCAACGAGACCAACUUCACACUGCCCAACCUGAAAUACAGUACACGCUACAAGUUUUACAUCAGUGCCAGAACCAAGCAGGGCGCCGGGCCUGCCAUCACGGAUGAGGCGGUCACUGUCAUGGAUGAAGCCAUGGCCAGCCGACAAGUAGACAUCGCCACGCAGGGCUGGUUCAUCGGUCUCAUGUGUGCCAUCGCUCUCCUCAUCCUCGUGCUCCUCAUCGUCUGCUUCAUCAAGAGGAACAAAGGGGGAAAGUAUCCAGUGAAAGAGAAGGAAGACGCGCACGCCGACCCAGAGAUUCAGCCAAUGAAAGACGACGACGGGACGUUUGGGGAGUACAGUGACACUGAGGACCAUAAACCGUUAAAAGGAAGUCUCACCCCUCCCAGUGGGACAAUAAGGAAGGAGGACAGUGAUGACAGUUUAGUUGACUACGGGGAAGGCGGAGACGGACAGUUCAACGAAGACGGCUCAUUUAUUGGACAGUAUAGCGGGAAGAGGGAGAGGGACGUGGUCGAGUGUGACCGCAGUUCGGAGGUGCCCUCCCCUGUCAAUGCCAUGAACUCCUUCGUGUAACCCGGACCGUAGGAAGACACACAGGCCGUCCCACUGCACUGUGACCACCCAGCUGCCCCUCCCCCUCCACACACGUCACAUGCACACUACCGUCCAAUCAGAAACGGGCAGUGUGCUUAGCGCAGGGCUGUGGCCUCCUCGGCCAUGGGAAGGGGGGCACGGAUGAGCUCUAUCGCUGUUUCCUUCUUUGCAAGCUUUUUCUUGUUUCCCAAAAUUAAAAUUGGCGCUCGGCUUGCAUUAAAGCCAGAUAUGAUAAGCUUCUAAUAUACUGCAUGGGUACAAUAGUCGUCUAGAGUGCGUUAUAACACAGGAAUAAUGCUGCAUAUGACCUGGAGGCAGUGAGACGCUUAUGACUCCACAUUGUCCUUUGGAAUUAUCGAACAUGCCUUCCGAGUUCUUAUCGUUUUCUUUGUCAAAGUGUUACCUUGGUAUUACAUAAAAAAGGCUUUACUGUCUCGGGGACAAUGUUGUGAAAAAUUACUAAAUGUAUAGCUUUCGUUGUUAUGUCGUUUUUGCAAGACAGGUACUGUUUAUAUAUAAUUGGAAAAAAGGAUGGACUGCAAAUUAAGAAUGUGUGUUUUAUGAGCUGGACUGAAAUACUUUGUGUUCACCCUUUUCACAUUUAACCACUUCAGCAUUCGUACGCAAACACAGGCCCGCCCGAUUCCAGUGGUUCCAGUUAAUUUAUGUGCUUUUUAAAAAAAAUUCCAUGUGUGUCAUUUCUUUUUUACAUCAAGCAUUUUAUUGUCACAGUUGCACUAAUGCAGGGGAGAGCAUCGCACUGCAUGUCAGUGUUGCGGCGGCUCAUGUCCAUCCCUCCCCCCUCACAUGCACGUGUGUCACCGCGUCUGCAGUGCCCCUGCGCCUGGCGGCGGCUGCUGCUCGAGGGCAGUACCCGCUGCCCUCAGGCAGGGCAUCCAUGCUUGUCACCUUCACAGGACGAGGGGCAGAGGAACACGGUCAGCAAGGAGCGCCGUUAACGAACGACGAUACUGUACAUAACGUGCCUCCAUCCUAAUCGUUGCUCUUUGCGUGAAGUUUAUUAAAACUUGCAGACUACUUGCUAUUUAGGGAGAGGAAAUUCAGGUGCCAUCUAUAACGUAACUCUACGAAAGGCUCCGUUAUCGUUUAUAAAGUGGUGUUUUUAUUUCUUUUUUACUUUCUAGGCUUGUUUCCUCAUUAUUGCCUACAAAAGAGAGUUUAGCAGGCGUAGCCUUGUAACCUGCCCUAAAGAGGGCAGGAGCUUUUGUUAAUGUUUAGAAUGCUGGGGGUAUCGGAUUUCCAUGAUUUUGGGUCUUCAUAACUUGCAUCAAGUUUUAAGUUCACUAUGCUUUUGUGAGUAGGUGUCCUGUGGAAUUUGUACAUUUCCUAAUAGAUGGCAGGACUGCAGGCCGGAGCAGGAGGUGAAAAUGUGUAUAAAUGUGUGCAGGGUGGCAGGACUGUCUGGGUGCAUUGUAAUAAACGUGUCAAAUCUUCAUUAGAGUUUCAUUCGCUGUGAAUUUUAUUAGUUUGUAAGGCUAGUCAUUCUCAGCCUUAUUUCCGGGAAAAUAAGCACAUGACUUUCAGGUCUGACCGCCACAACUGUUUGUCUGAAGACUCAUGAACAUUCGUGUGAUUGCAAUGUUAGAAAAAGACCCAUCCACCAAGGCUGGAGACACGUGCGGGCGGGAUCCCAGGUACGUGCGUGAUGUUACGGUCCUGGGAAGGAGGACAGCACGCUGGGCCACUGCGGAACCCUAUGUGUUCCAGAAGGAUGGAUAUAUUAUCGCAAAAGACUUUGUAUUUUAAUUGAAAAUAAAUGUUGGUUUCAAGAUUUCACUAAA